GUGAGGCCAGUCCAUCGCGGGACCUCCUCUCGUCCGAACGCGCUUACUUUCUGCCCGCUCGUUUAAAUCACCAUGUGGUGCUAGCCCGCUCGUUUGAAUCCCCCAUGUGUUGCUCUAGGUGGUGUUAUAACACACGCAGACCAGGUAGGAACUGCACCACGUCAGGAGUCCGGCUUUCCAGGACACGAGUUCGGGACUUGUACUCGCGUGCAUAAUAGAUCAUCGCCUGAGCGCAUGACUGAUUAUACCAAUAAAACUAGGGGAAACGUGCCAGUCUUGAUAGCGAGACGUCAUCCGGACAAGCCGAAUCGAUGAUUCCGUAUACCGCGAUCGUCGGCAACGUGUACCAGGACGACAAUCUUUUCUGGAAAGAUUGCGAUCGUUAUUCAAAGAUUCAUCUCCUCGAUGAUGAGGAAUUACGAUAACUUGCUGAACUCCAUUAAAGGAUGUGGUUUGAGAUCAUUUUAUUGAGAUUGUCCUGGCAGAUGGAAAUGUGGUUAAUUUGGUACCUUAGGGCAACAUUAACAUGAUAGUUGGAACUGUUUUUUGUGGUGCUUGUUUCAUGCAUUUGGUGCGCGACUGAUGGUUAAGCAUUGUUUUUGUGGCUGAUGAUUAUCUUUUUUUAUUCAAUUUUGAGGUUCGAUACGUUAGUGACAUUAACGUUAUAGAGUGAUUGUUCUCUGAUGAGCGAAACAAGAGAAUGUGUGACGUAAGUGAUUUGUGAUGUGAUAAGUGAUCAAGAUUCACGAUUGAAAGUGCUAAUUCUGGUAAUUGUUAAGUUCCAUGUGGUUUCGAUAGAUAAAACUUUAACGACUUGAAGGAGCCGCUUGACUCGCACCUAAGACGAAUCCUUGAUGACUGAUAUCUUUACACCACGUAAAAGAAUCAAGGAGCCGCAGCCUUUAGACGACCUGGACAAGUCAAAAGUGGAAUAGUGGAUGGUUCGAGAUUUCUCUAGAAAAGUUAUUACGGUUGUGUAAAAACGGACGAUGAACUUGCAUCGCUGUGCCAGAUCCUGAUGACCCAGUAGGAACUCUCGUGAGAAUAUGGAUCCUUUAUAGCAGAUGAUCCCUAAGGGAAACGUCAUCCUGUCAUCGAGGAAGAUCCAGGAAUUAUCAUCGAUAUCUAACCAACCUGGUUAACCUCAUCAAGGACAGUUUGAUGAAAUCAGUAAUCAAGGUGAUUGUGAUGUAAGAGAUGCGUCGUGGUGACUUCGCGGUGACCGCGAUAGCCCUCCUUAUUCUUGGGCAGAUCCAGAGUCCCCAACAAGUCAGGGUGGUUGGAGCGGUGGUCGUUGGCGCUGCUGUCUGUGGUCGCAUCCCAGGAUUGGCCAAGGGCCAGAGGGAACAGUGCAGGAAAGCGCCGCACGCGAUGCCAGCCGUCGGCGAAGGCGCUGAAAUGGGUCUUCGGGAAUGCAGGCAUCAAUUCAGGCAUCAUCGGUGGAAUUGUUCCCACGUGGCCAAUGAUCAGGUCUUUGGUCAUGUUGUGGUUGUAGGAAGUAGGGAGGCUGCUUUCACAUAUGCCAUAAGCUCCGCCGGUGUUACGUAUGCUGUUACAGCAGCUUGCAGUCGUGGAAAUAUCACUGCUUGCGGUUGCGAACCUGCUGUGAGAACGAGAAAGGAUGUUCCUCCUAAUGGCUGGGAAUGGGGAGGCUGCAGCGCUGACGUCACCUAUGGGAUGAGGUUCGCGCGUAGGUUUCUGGAUGCAAGGGAAAUCGAGGGUGACGCGCGAAGCCUGAUGAAUCUUCACAACAAUAAAGCUGGCAGAAAGAUCGUCAAAGCCUUACUUCACACUGAGUGCAAGUGUCAUGGAGUUUCUGGUUCCUGCACAGUCAAGACCUGCUGGCGAACCCUGCCAAGUUUUCGUCAAAUUGGCGAUGCACUUAUGAAAAAAUACUACAGGGCAAGGCCGAUUAUAGCCAUUACGCCGCCUCCUCCACCUACGGUCCAGAGCUCAGAGAUGCUGGUACACUCCUCGUCCGCGGAGGUCAUGCCAAUUUUAGGAAAUGACGCAAAGACUCAGGGUAAAACUAACGAGCCAACGAAAUCGCGAAGUGAUCGAAGACCUUCGAAGAAGUCGAGUAAGCCUAGAAGGCCGCACUUGGUUCUGAAAAGGACCAAGGUCAGUGGUGGACCAGGAAUGGUCCAGAAGAGGAUCCCCAAAAGGAGCGAACUGGUUUUUCUACAACCCUCUCCCAAUUACUGCGAGCCCGAUUUGGCUCAGGGCAGCCUUGGCACGCAGGGAAGAUCUUGCAAUCGUACUAGCAGAGGAACAGACGGAUGCGAUCUCAUGUGUUGUGGCAGGGGAUACAACACCCAUCAAUUUACAAGAACGUGGCAGUGCAGAUGUAAAUUUCACUGGUGCUGUAAUGUCUCCUGUGACAUUUGUACUGAACGCUCGGAAGAAUACACGUGCAAGUAAAAACGUUAGCAUAAGCCGAAGGUUACAAUUGAUUAGUAAUACGUGACAUUUACGAAUGGAAAAUUAUUAAAAAUAUAGUACCCUCGUUUUUUCGUACUGCUCACGAAGAAGGCACGAUUAACACCGACUUUGACCAUUUUUCUUUGUCAUUAUGAACACUAUGCGUCAGGUGUUCAAAAAUAAUGAAAAAAUGACAAAGAAAGUUUGAUUUCUAAUGCGUAUUCGAUGUUUUAGGUGACAUUAAAAUUCGCGCUCAAAACAAAAUUAAUGAGAUUUUUCACGACUUGAUAUGUUUCGCAAACAAUUACAUUAUAUGAUAUUCAGUGCAAGUUGAUCUUUGUGCGAUACUUCCAUUGCAUCUUUCAAUGUUACAUGCGUUAAUUAUAAUUUUAUAAAAAUUUAUCGGUCCGUUGCGAAUCAUUGUCGUAAACAUCUGUACGAUUGAUUCUAAUAUUUUAACUAUUCGAUGUACCGUACGGCUAUGUAUUUUAAAAAUGAAGACACUUUAAUCUGUGACCGUAGAUUAACAUGACAUUAGACUGUACAGUAAUAAUGUAAUGAUUUUAAUGACAUAUCCGUUUAAGGUUAGUGAUUAGUGAUUAGGCAUUGAUUAUUAUCGGUGACGAUAUUUCAAAUACUUUCUCUCACUCUCACCUCCCCAGUGUUUUAUAGGUGUACUACGUAAAUUAUUAUUUAUUAAAAGUCCAGAUAAAUUAUACUCAUAGAAGUAAAGAGAUGUAAGUUUUCUUCGCCGACUAAUAAACCAUAUUGUAAAGAA